UCAAGGUGAUUUAAUUUCAAUCCUUUUACGGUUUAGACAUCAUAGGUACGUUGCAUGCGCGGACAUUGAAAAAAUGUAUCGCCAAUGCCUGGUACAUGAAGAGCAGCGCGAUCUCCAGCUGAUUCUCUGGCGAGACGAUCCGACACAGCCGCUUAGUAUUUAUCGCUUGAAUACUGUUACCUAUGGUACCGCGUCCGCGCCUUGCUUAAGUGUUCGUUGUUUAAAGCAACUAGCAAACGAUUCUACGAACGCCGAUGUUCGCAGAAUAAUAAACGAAGAUUUUUACGUCGACGAUAUGAUCACGGGCUCUGAUAAUAAAUAUAAUUUAAUGAAAUUAUGCGAAGAAACAUCUACUACGCUACGAUCUGGCUGCUUCCCACUUCGAAAGUGGAUAUUUAAUUUUACGUGUAAUGAAUUCGAACCAUUGAUAAAAAUACCUACAAGCACAUCGCCACGCGCUUGUAAAAAACUAACGCUCAAUGAAAACAGCAGUCAUAAAACGUUAGGUAUAGGCUGGCUUAAUGACAGCGAUGAAUUUUAUUUCAAUACCGAGUUUGAAUCCGAUUGCAAUCAAACUAUAACAAAACGUAAAAUAUUAUCAUACGCAUCACAAAUUUUUGAUCCCAUAGGUAUUUUAAGUCCCUUUAUUUUGACAGCAAAAAUGUUACUACAGCAAUUAUGGCUGUUGAAGUUAGAGUGGGAUGACACUGUGCCUAACGAUAUCGCACGUCAGUGGAACCGGUUUCUUGCGUCUCUUCCGACACUCAAAACAAUACGCGUACCUCGCUACGUUAAAGAUAUGUAUGCUAUGUAUACAGAGAUGCAUAUUUUUACCGAUGCUUCGCAAUUAGCUUACGGCGCGUGCAUUUAUAUACGAUCAAUAAAUACUAAUAAUCAAACGGCCACAGUACGAUUACUUUGUUCCAAAGGCAAAGUUGCACCCCUGAAAACCACCAGUAUCCCACGUUUGGAAUUGCUAGGAGCCCUCGUGGGUGCACGACUGUAUGAUAAGAUGUCAUCCGAUCCUAAUGAUUUACUCCCACUUAGCCCCGCUCACUUCCUGGUUGGCCGUCCGCUUACAGCGCCUGCCUGCGAUAACCUGGUGGAUACGCCUACUCACAAACUUGACCGAUAUCAACGAGUCGAACAAAUUCGACAACAUUUUUGGACUCGCUGGGCCAAAGAAUAUUUAUCCGAGUUGCAGACGCGAACGAAGUGCAGGGAGAACACACAAGAUCUCAAGCCCAAUACGCUGGUCAUCAUCAAAGAGGACAAUUUUCCUCCUUUAAGAUGGCAUCUUGGACGAGUCGUCAGAAACAUACCGGGCAAGGACGGCGUAGCUAGAGUAGCUGAACUUCAAACAACUUCUGGACUAAUAAGACGUGCUUAUACCAAACUUUGCCCGUUGGUCGACCCGGACGAACACCAGACCCAAACGACCAGUGAGGCAGUUGGAAGCCAAGGGUUCCAAGGCCGGGGGCAUGUCUAAGCAUACGGCAGUAAAGGAACGCAAUAAAUGACGUCGUGGGCUUCUAUUGGUCCACGUACGGUUUUACGCCAAAUACGUGGACGCAACUAACAACUUUGAAUUGUAUAACGCCAUCUUGAC